ACCGUCGAUGACCCGGUCGGCAGCUGUAAGGGCCGGUCAGCUCUCUCGGAGCUAAGGUGGCACAGUCUCCGCGAAAUGGGAGCCGGCAGAAGCUCCCGUGGGCAAGUAAGAAGGUCGGCGAGCGUUAAAGUUUCAACGCGUGGUCAUUAACUGAGCCGGGAGAUUCGGUGCAGCCAAGGUCGCCGGUGUAUAGAAGAUUCAUAUCAGCGGAUCUGCUCCUGACGGCGGACCAUGGUACAUUAUUUAAGGAGAUGAUAACCAGCGGACAUUGAGGACCCUGCCAGGACAGAGAAUAUAUAUCUCGGACACGUCAUGGAGGAACACGUCAGCCAGGCAGCUGGGAACUCGUCCGCGGACGGUCUCGUGUUCACCGACGCCUCGAUCAUCCUCAGGGCUUUGGUGCUCGGUCUCCUGAUACUCGUCACCGUUGUCGGGAACCUGUUCGUGAUAGCGGCGAUCCUGCUGGAGCGAAAUCUGCAGUCGGUGGCGAAUUAUUUGAUCGUCAGCUUGGCAGUCGCCGAUCUGAUGGUCGCCUGCCUCGUCAUGCCGUUCGGAGCCGUUUAUGAGAUAAACUCCCGAUGGUCGCUCGGGCCCGAGCUCUGCGACAUAUGGACCAGCAGCGACGUUCUCUGCUGCACCGCCUCGAUAUUGCAUCUGGUGGCUAUCGCGGUCGACAGAUAUUGGGCAGUCACCGAUCUCAAUUAUAUACAGGCGAGGAAUCCGAGGCGGAUCGGUAUCCUGAUUAUCACCGUCUGGGUAGUGUCUUUAGGAAUCUCGCUGGCGCCUCAACUCGGAUGGAAAGAUCCUGGUUAUUUGGAUCGUAUAUCGGACGGAACGUGUCUGGUGUCGCAGGAUCCCGCGUACCAGAUCUUCGCCACUUGCGCCACUUUUUACGUUCCCCUGCUCGUCAUUCUAUUCCUGUACUGGAGGAUAUUCCAAGCGGCACGAAAGCGGAUCCGAAAGAGACCGGGGACCAUCGUGCAACCACCCCGUGAGAGAAGAGGCAUCCUCAGACUCGUCACAAGAAGGCCGAGAGAGGAGUCGACGGCGUUCACCAUCACGAGAUCGACGCCGGAUCACUCGUCGAUCUCGCCGGAGAAAUCGUCGUCGAACAACGGGGCGAACACGACGACGCAGUCGACGACGGUGACGCCGACGACAGUAUCGACGACCACGACCACGGUGGUGAACCCGUCGAGCAGCCAUUCGACGUCCAGCAGAAGGACACGGGAAACGAUGGAGUCGAAGCGCGAGCGGAAAGCGGCGAAAACGCUCGCGAUAAUAACCGGCGCGUUCGUGGCCUGCUGGCUGCCUUUCUUCUUGGUCACGUUGCUGAGAGCGACCUGCGCGGCCUGCGAGCCCCCCGAGCUCAUAGCCAGCGUAUUCCUCUGGCUGGGAUACUUCAACAGCACCCUGAACCCGGUCAUCUACACGGUGUUCUCGCCGGAGUUCAGACAAGCGUUCAAGAGGAUGCUGUGCGGCAGUUCCAGGAUAAUUCGCUAGCAGUGGAUUUAAAAAGUGUGUGAGAGUGUGCGUGAUUGCGAGAGAGCGAAAGAGAUAGAUAGAUAGAGAGAGAGAGAGAGAGAGAGAGAGAGAGAAAGAGUUAGAGGACUCGAGAGUCCCGUGUACAUACAGUUAUACUACUUCCUUCUCCUUCGGAUAGCGUUCAACUAGCAUGCCACGUACUUAGGCAUGCCUUAGAGAGUCCGUAGACAUUUUUCCUUGGAUGUUGCCGUUGAGGCGACCGGGCUCGCGACGUUCCGCCGACGAGAACGACGACCGGAAGAUCCAGGAACAACCGAUCCAUCUCCGCGAGGUUGUUCCAGAAAGAGAGAGAGUUUCUGGUCGACAGCGCUCGUCGAGCACGCCGCGAGCCGAUUUUUCAAUGCUCGAUGCCUCGAGGCGACUGUUUCUAUGAUAGAACUUAUCCUAUGAAAGUUCUCUUUGAGAUAGCUGCAUUCUCUAACACGUCUAUGAUAAUAUUAAUAAUAACGUGCACCGACGAGUUGUCCGCCGUGCUUCCGGGCAAUUAAUUAGUCAGCCGUUAGCCACGGACGAGGAUACGAGCUAACCGGAAGCAAAACGAUAAGAGACGAGCAAGACACGACGAACAUCAUUCGCGACCCUUUCAGUAUCUUUCUCGCAGGCUAAAUAGUUUUUUAACGAAUCCAUUCGAACGAGCGUCCGCGGAUCACUCGUCGGCGCGGAGAAAACGCGUUCCGUUUGAAACUCUGAAACGAAACGCUGAAUGUUCCGGGCGGAAAUGAUCGAGACCGGGGAAACUGCUUCAUCCUCCCGCGACUCGGGCCCGCCCGGACACGUAUGUAUGUAAUUUACACGCGGAACUAUGUACAGACUCGUUAACGAACCCAAACUCAUUUCCUCCGUUGAUGUUCGCGAGACCGAACCGAGCGACUUUCGUUCGACGAUUAAAUAAUAGGGUUAGACGUCGGCGACGGUAACGCCGAUUCCUCUUCGUCGAAGGUGGCGACCAUCAUCGAUCGAUCCCACGCGGCAGUCUUGGCGACGUUUUGCUCUUCUUCUCUUCUUCUGUCAGGGGACAG